AUGACCACCGCACCCAAUGACCCCGAUAGCCCUGACAACAAUGACCCUCCCAACAUCGACUACCUCCCACCAAUAAGAAACCCCGCGGACGAAGAAAAACUGCGCCAGUUCGCGCGCGACACGCGCUACCCCGCCAGACAAGAAAUCAAACUGCACCGGGCGAUCCGCAGAAACGACAUCGACGGCGUCCGCACCGCACUCGCCAACGGCGUCUCCCCAGACGGCCGGUUCUGCGGUCUCAGCCCUAUCACGCAAUGCCUUCGCUACGAGCGGCCGCACAUCAUGCGUCUGCUGUUCGAGCACAACGUGAGCUCUCCGCAACCCUGCACGCCCGAGAACGGGUUCGAGGACGAGAUCCUCCUCGCGGCGGAGAAGGGGAAUCUGGACAUGCUCAGCGCGCUCGUCGCGUACCGCGAGGAGAAGCGAGGAUACCGUAGCCGUGGGUUCCACUUCAAACCGGGGUAUAUGGACUAUGCGGAGCCGAUACAUGCCGCUGCGCGGGGGAACGAGGUCCCCGGGUGUAUUGGGUGGUUGUUGGAGCGGGGCGCGGAUGUGAAUGAGGAGACGCCGCGGUGGCGCACGCCGCUGCAUUUUGCGGUGGACCGUGAGACGGCGAGGGUUGGUGUUGUCCGGUAUCUGUUGGGCAUGGGGGCUGAUGUGGAUCGUGUGACGGAUAUCGGGGAGACGGCGAUCUAUUUGGCUGCGGAUCGGGGCAAUGGGCGGGUGGUUGAAGAGUUAAUGAAGUGGUCGCCCCGGUUGGAUGGGAGGGUUGAGCCGGAUGGAAAGACUGUUUUGCAUGCUGCGGCUGCGAACUGUUCACUGGAGGUUGUCAAGCUUCUUGUUGAAGGUGGGGCGGAUGUUUAUGCGAGGGAUAAGGAGGGCCGGAGUAUACUUGAGUAUGCGAGGGGUAGCAGGAGGAUCGAGACUGUGGACUGGAUUAUGGGGAAUACGACGUUGGAGACGCUUGUUACGGAGGUUUUUUGA